UCUGUUAAUUGUUUGAUUGGGUUCGGCGUCAUUAGUAAAUAUCACAAUUUUCAUGCUUCGGUCUUCCAGGUUAAAGCGCUUGAAAAUGACAUAGAGGAUUUGCAUGGUGAAUUUGAGCUUGACCGACUCGAUUAUCUGGAAACAAUUAGAAAACAGGACCAACAGAUCAAGCUGCUGCAGCAGAUUGUGGACAAGAUACAUCCAGUGCUGAAAAAAGAUUGUAACUAUUUCAAUAUUGAAAAAAUCAAGCGCGAAGCAACAUGGAACGAGGAUCAGGGAAAAUGGACUCUACCAGAUCUGACAAUACUUCGCACAACACUUCCUAAUGCUACACCCGGUAUUUCUUUUCCAAUAACAUCUGGUGGUUUAGUGGAAACUUUUCACGAUCAACAGCAUAUGGAGACUGCAGAUGACUUGUCAAAGCUCAGACAGGUCAGCAUAUUACACUGUCAAACUGCACUGCAUCCCUCUCAGAGACAGAUGCGGAUUAAUACAAAUUCAUCAAAGAUUUUUUUUUAA